GGAGGGACCAAACAGAGCGAAGCAGUAGCGGUAACCCAUAGUUUGGGCGGGAAAAGUUCUCUCUCUCUCUCUUUCUCUCUCUCUCUCUCUCACUCUCUCUCUCUCACAGAUCGGUUUGUAUUUUCUCUUCUCUAUUUUCUGCGUGUAAAUUUCCCUCUUCUUUUCCAACAUGUCGACCUUCCAGUACCCAGAGCUGUCGCCGGCUGAUAUCGUCGCCAUACUCGCCGAUUCGCAGAUCGCUACCAUCUCUCCAAACAAUCUGAACAACCCAAAUGCGGAUUUCGUCUCGGCUCUCUACUCCAGUAUUUUGCACUACCUCGAUUCCCUCCAGGAAGAUCAUGGGCAAGUCGAUUUUGCGGCUCUUGAACAGUUUGAGAAUCCCGACCUUCACGUCGACUCAGUCCGGACUAUGAAUUUGUGUAACAAGAUUAGGGAGGUCGUGGCCGCAGUGCAUUGCCCCGUGAAUUUUACACUUAAAGAUCUUUUACGCCCCGAUCCAAAGCGGACCAAGUUGUUCCUCAGUGCCAUUCUCAAUUUUUGCAUCCAUAAAGACACAAGAAUGAAUCUACUAAGACCAGUUGUUGAGGAACUCUCCCUUCUUGAUGAGCAGCGGAAAGAGCUUGAGGCCAGGAUUUCUCAGUUGAAUGGCGAGAUUGCAGACCUCAAUGAAGCGAGAGAAAAGGAGACGCCUCUUGUUCAAGAGGUAGAGGCCAAAGUUAAAGAACUGCGUCAGAUCAUUCCAGGCCUUAACAAUCAGCAGAUGUCCCUGAGGGCUUCUAUUCGAAAAAUGAAAGAAAAGGCCCAAGAGAUGGAUGAGAAGAUUGCUAGUGCUGAAUUUGCUCUGGUUCAAAGUGUCCAAGAAAAUGCCAAUCUGCGUUCUAAAAUUGUUCAAUCACCGGACAAGUUACAGAGGGCUUUAGAGGAGAAGAAAUCAAUUCUAGUUGAGGCAAAGAAUUCUGAAAGAUCGGCCAUGCAGUCAUUUCAGGAGAAGGCUGCCUUGGUUGAGGUUUAUACAAAGGCUUUCAAGAAAAUGUCUAAGCACUUUUCUCAGAUGCAGGCUAUCCAAGAACAGGUAAACUCUGCCAAGACUAUUGAUAAAGAUGUUAAGGCUUUAAAGGCUAAGCUGAGUGAUGAGGAAAUGCUGAACAAAUCACUAGAUGCCAAACUGAUUGAACUGCAGGGCAAAGCUGAACAGUUGAAUGAAUCUAGAAAGCAAUCAGAAAAAGACAGAGAUCUCAAAUGUGAGCAGGCUUCUAAAGACUUAGAUAGCAUGAAGUUGGAGGCAGAAUUGAGGCAACAUGAUCUGGAAGCAAGGCAAAGGAAGGUUGAAGCUGUGUUAGUAGAGGUGGAUGGUAUAACCUCAAAGAUCAAUUCAGUAAAAGAAUCUGGAGAUGGAAAAAAGCAAGAGUUAGUUCGUAAAGGUGAAGAGAUUGUUAAAGAGUUUUUCCAAUAUUCAGAUUCUAUUGGGGCCUUGCUACUCAAGAUUGAAGCGGCACCAAAAGCUGACAGCCCAGAAAGGCUGAAGAGCCCUGCUAUCAAUCAACACGGUGCUGAGUAACAGCUGCAAAAUUGGAUUGAAUGCUGCUUAGGCGGAGGAUCUUAUGGGACGAUAACUGAACUUGAUGAACAACUUGCCAAGAGAUGAGAUUCUUCGAAUUUUCUGGUUAAACAUUAGUACGAUCUUGACAUUGUUUUCCAUUAUGCAAAAGAAUACCAGAUUAAUGGAAUGACGCAUUCAAUAUAGAAAAUGAAUUAGGACCUUA